AUGAGAAUUAGUUUACUUCUAUUGGCUUCAAUAUGUUUGAAUUUAAUUGAAUGCAAGUCGAAUUUUUGCCAAUCGAACGUAUGCGAAAAUGAUGGAAUUUGCGUGGUAGCCAGCGAGCUUCCCGCAUUUUCAGCAUGCCCGAAAAAUACGCUAUACCAUAUGGGAUAUUGUUAUUUAUUCGAUGAAACUCCACGAAACUGGAAAGAUGCUGCCACUUUUUGUAACAAGUUUGAUGGUGGUGUGUUGGCGUCAAUCCAGUCUGUUGAAGAUCAGAAUUUUUAUUCGGGAUAUCUUCAAGGAAUUCUUCCGAGUGCCGAGAUGGGCUCGAAAACUCCCGUCGAAGGAAUAUGGACAGCAAUUCAUGGUGUCAAUAAUAACACAAAACCGCAAUGGGUGAUUUAUCCUGGUUCAUUCUUGGUGACGGAAACGUUUUGGGCUUACCUUGAGCCAAAUAUAUACCUGGACUAUGAUGAGGUGUGUGUCUCAUUAGAGGCUCGUAAUUAUUACAAGGAAUGGUCCACUGCAUUGUGCACAGUGUUGAAAUAUACAGUCUGCAAAUUACCGCAAAAAGUCGAACAAUCGCAAUAUGUGGCUCAAUGCUCUUGUCCGAAUGGAUAUGGAGGUUUAACAUGUGACGAAAGGGACUCGGCACAGACUAAAAUCACCUGCGCGAAUGACAAUUUUCAAUUUUCCUGCGAACCUGGAUUGUCCAUUGUCGUCGAAUAUGCUUCAUUUGGAGCCAACGAAGGUGCUCAGUGUUCAAGGGACGCCACAAGUUCCGCACAAACAUGCCAAAAUGUAAACUCACUACAGACAAUGAUAAACGCGUGCUACGGUCUGAACUCGUGCGAGUUUUCGAAUUUGACAACUGUAUUCUUGAAUACUCCAUGUCCUGUUCCGAGCGAACUAUUUUUGGAAGCGCGCCUUCGCUGCGAAAAUCCCAAAACUCCCGAAUGUCAGAAGGAUGAGACAUUGUACAAUGAGAGAUGCUAUUCAAUAACCGUGGAGGACAAUGAGAAAAAUAUGAUGAGUUACGAUCAGGCGGUGAAAAAUUGUGCAGUAAAGAGCGGCCAAAUUCCAUCGAAUACAGAUGAGAAUUUGAUUUCUGUGAUCUCGCAAAAAUCUCGAAAGCCUUGUAAUCAAUUUUGGCUUUCAAAGGCCGACGGAAUAUGCAAAACGCUAAGAAUUUGCCAAUCGCAAUCGUCAAUCGAAUCAGUCGACUGUGACACAACUAGAGCGAACUAUAUAUGUGCAACCGUUCCAUUGACUGGAAGUUUGAUCGCAAAUCGUUCUGCCCAACCGGCGCCCGUUCAGGAAUCCGUUCUCGUGCCCCAACAAGUGUACACCGGUGAGCCACCCGCUGAGGUGCCGAGCUCAUUGUCGAAACCGCGCUAUUGCAAGAAAGAGACGAAAAAUGGGAUACGGUAUGCCGAAACGCGAGCCUGUAUGCAGAAUGAGCAACCGUGUCCGGACCCCGACAACGUGAUUGGCACCGUCACGAGGUAUUGUAAUUGUCAAACGGGCAAAUGGGAAGAGCCAAAUACGACGAAUUGUAUGCACAAAUGGGUUGCUGAAAUGGAAGACGCAAUUCGGCAAAAUUUGCCGGUCGAGGAUAUCAGCGGACAUAUUAAUCGGCAGUUAAUGUCUACACUGGAAAAAACGCUUUACGGUGGCGAUAUUACUGGUACGGUGAGACUCAGCGAUAAUAUGCUAAGUCUUGCCAGAAACCAGUUUGGCGUGUUGAUGGAUCGAUAUGUGAGGGAAAGUAAAGCGAAGAAUUUCACCGAAAACCUUGGUGGAUCUGGCGAUCAACUUUUGAGCUCCAAAGCCGAGCCGGUAUGGGGUCAGCUUGACACGGACGUUAGGAUUGAACACGCUUCUCGUCUUAUGAGCGUUCUAGAGCAGUCAGUACUUCUUCUUGGCGAUUACAUGGUUGAGAGCAAGGCGAACUAUGCGUAUAAGAAUUGGGCAAUGGAGGUGGAACUCAGCGAGCCGACGGCAACUUCUUAUCAAGCCAAUCGAGGGGCAUUUGAUGAUAUGCUGCCAUUGGGAUCCGCGGACAGCCAGAAUGAAUUCGAACUCAACAAUACUGUGUCGUUUCGCAAUUUGGAAAAAUCGCCGACAAUCACGUUGCCGACGUCGUCGAUUUUAAGGUUUCUAACUCCAAGUCAAUCGUCUCCUUCAUCGCUGAACGAUGAUGUUCCAGUGGGUUUUGCUACCGCGAAUCUCAAUCGGAAUCCGAUUGCUGUUGGAUACUACGCUUUCAGUGGAUUUGGAAACCUUCUAAACACAAACAAUAAUUAUUCAAUGAUCAAUAGUCAGAUUAUCGGAGCCUCGGUGGAAAAUGCGACGCAAAGUGUUCAACUUCCUGAGAAUAGCCCGGUUACGUUCACAUUCCAACAUCUUGCUGUUGAUGGUGUGAGCAAUCCGAGAUGCGUUUAUUGGGACCAUGUUGUUCGGCGAUGGUCCACAACUGGGUGUACACUUUUAUCAACAACAGCGACAUCUAGUAAAUGCUCGUGCACCCACUUGACGAGUUUUGCCAUUCUAAUGGACGUCAGUGGAAAUGUUGGACGAUUUUCGGGAGGACUUGCUUCAGCACUAGACGUAAUUUCAACAAUCGGAUGCGCAAUAUCAAUAGUUUGCCUUGUGCUCAGUCUUGUUGUUUUCACAUGCUUCAGAAAUCUUCACAAUCUUCGAAAUUCGAUUCAUCGCAAUCUUUGCCUAUGCCUUUUGAUCGCCGAGCUCACAUUCGUUAUCGGAAUGGAUCGCACUGGGAAUCGAGUGGGAUGUGGCGUCGUCGCGAUAAUUCUUCACUACUUCUUUCUAUCCUCGUUUUGCUGGAUGCUCCUCGAAGGAUAUCAACUGUACAUGAUGUUGAUACAGGUGUUCGAGCCGAAUCGGACCCGUGUAUUCCUUUACUAUUUGUUCUGCUACGGAAACCCCGCCAUCGUGGUUGGCGUAUCUGCCGGAAUUCGUUGGGAGGAUUACGGAACAGAGAAAUACUGCUGGAUCGACACUUCAAAACCGACGAUUUGGGCGUUCGUCGGACCAAUUAUCGCGGUGAUCGCGAUGAAUAUAAUCUUUCUUCUAAUUGCAUUGAAAGUUGUCCUUUCUGUGCAAAGUCGCGAUCGGACGAAAUGGGGACGGAUUAUUGGAUGGCUUAAAGGCUCGGCAACAUUGUUGUGCCUUCUUGGUAUCACGUGGAUAUUUGGAUUUCUAACCGCCGUCAAAGGUGGAACUGGAACAGUGUUCGCCUGGAUUUUCACGAUAUUGAAUUGCACCCAAGGAGUGUUCAUAUUUUUCCUACACGUGGUAAUGAACGAAAAAGUGCGCGGUGCGAUUGUUCGAUGGCUGCGGUCUGGCAUUUGCUGUCUACCAGAGACCUCCAGUGGCGCUUUCAACAGCAAGUCUUUCCUCAGCAGUCGGCAACGUUUGAUGAACAUGCUCAAGUCGAAUGGGCCAAGCUAUCCGAGUACGGCGAGCACUGAUGACAAGGAGAAGCAGUUGACGCCGAGAAGUAAAACGAACGCGUGGCUCAGCUCGCAAAUGAGCUCGGAGGGCAAUUCGCCGGAUGUCGUGAGCACCUCAUCAUCGGAUCCCAGAGGAUCGCAGAUAAUUGAGAAUCCACAAGUUGAAAAGAAGCCGCCGGUGAAACGUCGCAAAUUUCCACUGGGCGCCAAAGAAUCCGAACGUGGCUCUCAACAUCGUCAUGGAGAAGAGGAGUCGGUCAAACUCUAG